ACUCUAUGAUUGUAAUGUUCUUUGUACUAUGGACAAAAUCACGAACUCGAACGGUAUGAACGUUGGUCGUAGAUAUUGCGAGUUUAUUUAGAAGCUUUGAAUUUCUUGCCGAUGUCCGAUGGAGUUGUUGAACAAGUAAAGAAAUUUACAUUUAAAUCUAGCUGCAGUAGGACAGACCUUGAAGGCGAAUCUCUAGAAAUAUUUAUACCUGAGCAGCUGCAGGCGAGCUACAGCUCGUACACGUGGCCCUCGGCGCCAGUGCUGGCCUGGUUCCUGUGGGAGCACCGCAGAGAGCUGCUGGGCAAGCGAGUGGUGGAGCUGGGCUGCGGCACCUCCCUCCCGGGCAUCGUCGCCGCCAAGUGUGGGGCGGCCGUCACCCUCACAGACAGCGCCAGUCUGCCCAAGAGCCUGCAGCACGCACGGCGCUGCUGCGAGGUGAACGGGCUCACCGCCGGCCAGGUGCGGGUCCUGGGUCUCACCUGGGGGCUGUUCCUCGGUAGCGUGUUCACGCUGGGCCCGGUGGACCUGCUGCUGGGCUCCGACUGCUUCUACGAGCCCUCCGUGUUCGAGGACAUCAUCGUGACGGUGUCCUUCCUGCUGGAGAGGAACCCGGACGCCAAGUUCCUGUGCUCGUACCAGGAGCGCAGCGCGGACUGGUCCAUCGAGCACCUCCUGCGCAAGUGGCGCCUCUCGUGCGAGCACAUCCCGGUGGGGGGCCUGGGCGCGGGGUCGGGCGUGGACGUGGACGAGCUCACUCAAGGCCACACCGUCCACCUGCUGCAGAUAACCAGAGUCUAGCGUCGGCAUGGCGACCAGGGUCAUCAGGAAGUUCUUCGUGGGCAACCUUCCGUGGACGGUCGGUUCUCGUGAGCUCAGAACCUACUUUUCCGAGUUUGGGCCCCUGGUGUCUGCCAACAUCAUAUUCGACCGCAACACCGGCAUAUCUCGCGGCUAUGGCUUCGUGGUUUUCAGCUCUGACGUAGGGUACGAAAAUGUUCUGAAGAAGCAAAGUCAUUUCCUAGAAGGCAGCACAUUAAGCGUGCAGGCGGCAACCAAUUAACUAAAGCACGCUGACCUCUGCUUUGACAUGGAAUACUUUUGAUUCCAAGUAUUGUUUAUUUUUCUAGUGGUAUUUCUUAAAUGGCCGAAGCUACAGCGUCGUCAAGUGACGGGUCGUGUUUCGAACGAGCGGCGGAGCACGUUGCCAGCCAUCUCGCGAUGGGCUUGUCGCCCGACAGACUUCUGCAGCUGUACGGACUGUACAAGCAAGCGAUCGCCGGUCCGUGCAGCAUCCCUAGACCUAGUUGGUACCAGUUGCAGGCAAAGCAGAAGUGGGAUGCAUGGAAGGAGCUGGGAGAAAUGUCUUCAGAAGAUGCGAUGGAGCAGUACGUGGGACUCGUCAGGGAACUCGACCCGGGCUGGGACGACAGCUCCGAGCUGGAGACAAGCAAGCACAAGAUCGGUUGGGUUUCCGUGAGCUCCAUGCCGAAGCCCGACGACGUGGUGGAAGCAGAGAAGACGGUGUUUGACUGGGUCAGGGAGGGCAAUGUCAGCAAACUAGAGGAAUGCAUGGAUAAAACGGAAGCGAAUGCAGACAUCGACCGUCGAGAUGCUGACGGAAUGGGUUUGAUUCACUGGGCGGCCGACAGAGGCCAUGCCGCGGUGCUGCAGUUUCUGGUCCACGAGUUGCAUGCAGAUGUGGAUCUGAGAGAUCGGGACGGGCAGACUGCGCUGCACUAUGCUGCAUCUUGUGACCACAGUGAAGCUGUGAAGUGGCUGCUGGCUGCAGGAGCCUCUUCCACGAUCGCUGACAGUGACGGCCUGACUCCUGUGGAAGUGGCAGGCAGCGAGGAUACUGCUAACCUUUUUCAUUCUUGUGGAAAUAAGUAAUUGUACUCCUAACAAGUACAUAGUAAUUAUUUAGAAAUUGGAAACUAAAUAAAGGACAGCCAAUAAGUAGAAAA